CUGUGUAAUGUCUCAGUCCAAGCAAAAGGUACGAUCGAGGGAGACGCCGCCGUCGAGGCGAUACGACUACUGGUGUUGGCUUGCUUGCUUGCGUGUUUGUUUGCUUGCUUGCUUGCUUACGUGCGUGCGCCGUCCGGCCUCACCUUUCCUCCCCCCUACUCUUCUCGCCGCUGGCAACGCCUAGCCCCUC